AUGUGCCUGGGGAUGUUGCGCGCGGACGAGUGGAAGCCUUCGACGAAGAUACAGUCGGUACUAGAGUUUGCGAGACAGCUGCUUUCUGAGCCCAUGCCGGAUGAUGCGGUGGAGGGGCGGAUUGCGGAACAGUUCAAUAAUGAUCGGAAGGCGUAUGAGCAGACGGCCAAGGAGUGGACGAAGAAGUAUGCAAAGGAGAGUAAGAAGUUGUUUUGGUGA